CUGGAAUUGUUCACUGCUCCAAACACAGAGCAUACCUCCCCAGCUAUGGGUGUUUCCAGGGAGGAAAACCGUACUACCCGCCUGGUUCCAUUUUCUGCGACUAACAAAGGCCUUGCAGUUGGCGACCGCUUAGAUCCUGCCUUCUCAAAUGCACCAAAGGGAAACAGCACCGAUACUGAGCGACGCUGCUUCUGUAAAAUUCCAGGAGCCGAAGGACAAAAGAGAGACCAAGGUGAAAAAGAGAAUGCGGGUAAUUGUAUCGCUUAAUGCCUUCAGGUUGCCAAAAUCUUUUUCUUUCAUUCUUUCUUUCUUUCCUUUUUUAAAAACAAAAAAACAAAACAAAACUGAACGCCAUUCAUUUAUUUUCUAAUUAAAAACAACCGGAUCAGUAUCAUACUGAAAAUCCCCCCAAAUCCAAAUGCUCUGUGCAGUGAAGUAAAGAGAUACUCAGCGGCGGGUAAAUGGACAAAUUGUGUCCCUCGCGGCUCGCACACAAACUUGCCGGUGUGUAGAGCACCAAACACCAGCAGAACUGCCUGACCCAUAACACCCAUGUUCUCCUUCUCAUAAUCUGGUAGUAUUUGGUAGCAGACCAUCUGCAAUUUUAUAAUAAGCCCCAAGACUCUGCUGAACCUGUGUUGCACCUGCAAUGAAGCAGCGUGACUUGGACAGAUGUAACUACAGCGUGAGGUGACUGAGAUAAAUAGUGUUCUGGGAAAUCCCAGGGCUCCUUGUAAUCUUAGCAAGGCUUCCUCAAUGGGAACCUCAGUAACAACUGCCAAGUUCCUGUUCAGGAAAGCUUGUCCUCCACUAUUGAUGGUACUACAAAAUGUUCAGCUGCAGCAAUCUGGGGCAGUGCUGUUUUUCUAGGAAAAAGAGGUCCUGGAACUCACCACGAACACCUCCCUUGUUUGCUUAGAAUGGUACCCACCUGAGAUGUGCCAGAACUGAGUUCCAGAGAGUUCCGGCUACAAAAAACAAACAAACAAACAAACAAACAAACAAACAAACAAACAGCCCUGGGUAUAUGCAGAGGAGUAGUGAGGCCCACUAGGAAUGGCCAAUGUUCUUCAUGAACUUUGUAUGUGUGUGUAGCCUAAAACAUUUCCCAGACUCCUCUGCAACCCACAGGGUCUCCGCAGCAGACAUGCAAGAGAUUCUUGACUAAUGUCAAUGUGGGAAGAGUUCCUGGGAAGUAGAAAGUUGGAAAACUAUUGGGAUAAACAACAGACUAACAGACUAAAAGACUAAAAAUGACUGCAUUCUGGAUCUUCAGUGUUAGGCCAGGGCAUCUGACUUAAGGCUCCAUUUGUGCUAUACAUUUAAAACAGUAUCUUACCACUUUAAACAGUCAUGACGUGUCCCCCCAAAGAAUCCUGGGAACUGUAGUUUAUUAAGGGUGCUAAGAGCUGUUAAGAAGCCCCGAUUCCCCUCACAGAGCUCCAAUUCCCGGAGUUCCCUGGGAAGAACCAUUGCUUUUUAUACCACUCUGAGAAUCAAAGCUCUGUGAAUGGAAGAGAAUAGGGGUCUCCCAAGAACUCUCAACAUCCUUAACAAACUGCACUCCCCAGGAUUCAGGGAGUUCUUUAAAGGGACAAGAUACUAUUUUAAAUGUAUUGUGCAGAUGGGACCUGAGUCAGACCAUUGGUCCAUCCACCUCAGUAGGCUCUGCAGGGUUUUGAACCAAGAGUGUUUCCUAGCCCUACCUGGAGACGCUGAGGAUUGAAACUGGGACCUUGUGUGUGCAAUGCAUGAGUUCUUCCACUGAACUACAGCCCAGCUAGUAAAGCAUGGUGGGGGUUUAAGCUUCCCACGUGUAGCUUAAAGCAGCUCUUUGAUCUACACUGGGCAGAAUGUUCAUGAAGCUUGCAAAUGCUCUUUUUUUUGCUUCUGCAUGAAUGCUAUGAACUGUGGCUGUGGGAGAUUAAUUGAUUAAUCUCCCAGACUAAUUGCUUUUAAAAACUUUUAAUAUAUUAUUAAACCAGCACACCUUUUUGGAAAUGCUUAUAAAACUGCAGACUGCAAGCUUCAUUUAAAUAAAUCCCCUUCCCUUACCUAGGGAAGAUUGUAUCUUUUAAGAUGAUUUCUGUUGUGAUGCAAAAUCAGAACUAUUGGUUAGACACGUAUGUAAGUGUAGGCACAUUUAACCUAACGAUUAAUCGAUUAAAAUGUUCUUAAUUGUAUUGCAUCCCUACCAUUAACACAAACAGCACAAGAUAUAUUCAAAGGUGGUUUCAGCCUCAUGUGAAAAUGCCAGGGGAUUCAUGUCCUGGCAUUAACCAUUAUGUUUCAGAAGUGUUGGUGGUGCUCAGUUCAGUGUGGAAUAUGAAUGUGUUUGGCACCUCCUGUGCAGUAAUUGAGAAAAGCACAAUCCUUUCUAGAGGGGUGCAUAAUUCACCACGCGGAGCUGUAAUGGCUCAUUUGGAGACACACCAGAGUAUCAUAUAAAUGAGUACAUUUUAAUGAUUCUUUAAAUAUGAUCUCAGGGACUCCUAUGGUUACAGUCAUUGACCCAAAGUAUGAUGAUAGUUACCAUGAUGCUCGUACCAUCUUUUCCUGCAUACAUUUAACUGUAAAAUUCAAAGCUGUUUCUUGGACCUUUGGGGUGUUAGAUUUAAGCACCCACCACAAAACAAUAUGUAAGGGUUACUCAUAGGCUGGUGAAGGUAGAACACAUUGGGCAGAAGUUGUUCAGUUAAGGGCUGGGUUAUGGCAUUUCAGUUAUAUAGCAGUACUAUUUGUUGUUGCUCCUCCUUGAAUAGUGUCGGUGUAGAUCAAAGAACUGCACUUUGCUGCAUUGGCUGCAGGUACAGGACCAACCCAACUGGGAGGUCUAUAGUAAUAGAUUUUGUAGUCUGUUUCUUGUCCCCAUGGAACACAGACAGUUGCCUUGCACCAUGUAAGACCAUUUGUCCAUCAAGCCCAGAUCUGUCUACUGUGAAGUGGCAAUAGCUUCAGAGGGUCUCAUGCAGCGACAUUCCCCAGAAUUUUUAAAGGAAAGAUGCAAGGAUUGAGUCUGAGACCUUCUGUAUACAAAGCACUUCCACUGAAGUGCCCCCUCCCCUAUAGCUGUUUUACAGAGGAGAAACUGGAACAUAAUUGAGGACCUGCAGUGAUGCUAGUUGAGAUUCGCUUGGUCCUGUGUGUAUGUAAGCAUGUUACUGUUUAUACUUGAGCUUAGUGCAAUUUUGCUAUAUGUUUUGAUUGGGAAUUUUUCUCAGUUUAUAUGACAGUGGAUAAAGAUCUGCUUCUGUUUCCUUCCAGAUGUGCUGAGACUUGCUAGGAGAAGAGGAGAACUGCGGUCUUUGGUAGACGUCAGACAAGACAGAACACCGGAAAGGGGGGAUUCCAGAUCCAGGGCUGCUGUAGGUAGACCCGUGUCCCCUCAUCAGGCAGAACAAUAUGGUGGCUCUACCGAUUUUUCUUUUCCAAGAGGUGACAAAGGUGAGGUUGGGAGCCCUGGCCCCAUAGGAAUUCCGGGGCCAAAGGGAGACACAGGGGAACAUGGAGAACCAGGUCCAAAAGGUGACACUGGACAGAAAGGUGAUCCUGGGGAGAAAGGAGAAAGAGGCAUAGCAGGUGAGAAAGGGGAGAUAGGACCAGGAGGGCCACCAGGAAUUCAAGGAGCUCCUGGUUUAAAAGGAGAUGCAGGGAUGCAGGGAACAGUUGGUGCCCCUGGGAGAGAAGGGCUAACUGGACUUCCAGGCCGAAGAGGCGAAAAGGGCCAGAAGGGGGACUGCAGAUCGGUUGAACCUGUAGCCUUUUCAGCUGGCCUUCAGAAAAGGAGAAGCUUCCCAUUGCCAGGAUCCCCAGUGAGAUUUGAAAAGGUUUCCCUGAAUGAAAAUGAAGCAUAUCAUGAGGAAUCAGGCAUAUUUACUGCCAGCACUGGAGGAGUCUAUUCUUUCAGUUAUCUCCUGAGUGUUUCUGGCAAGGCGCUGAGGGCGGCGCUCUUCCAUAACGGUGAAAGAGUUAUGCAGGUAUCAAGCGUAAGGCAGCCUCCACAGAGUGUUUCCCAGGUCUCUGGAUCGAUGCUGGUUCACCUCUCUGAAGAUGAUGAGAUUUGGCUUCAGAUUUUGAAUGGCUCUCAAAAUGGGCUGGUGGCUGAUGAAACCACUGAUUCUAUAUUUUCAGGGUUUCUGUUAUACCCUGAUUAA